GGUACAAAAGAAAACACAUUUACAAAUGUAAAUUGGCGCAGUUUGUUCUCUUUGUAAUGUAUUUAAAUUGCAGUAAUAACAAAGGAUUCAUUUUACUUGUUUUUGGUAUCUUUCUACCAUGUGUGACAAAUGGUAGUAAGUUUACAAGGAGGACUGCUAGUUUUGGGCAUUUUUGUGUAGAUGGUUAUGCUCCUGAUGAACUUUUUCCUUAUCCACAGCCAUUUACCUGUAAACCUGGGCCAGGUAGAAAUGUAAAAUGCCAAAAUAUUCGAUUUAGCCUUAAAGGACCCUUUCAGUGUCCAGGGUAUGGUUAUGCAAGUGGAUGGGAAUACAAAGAGGGGUUCAAGAUCAUUCGCUGUUGUGAGGACCCAGACAUCGAGUACUAUGAUAAGGACUGUACAGAACAUUUGAAUACUGUUGCUAUAGAUGGUGGGAGUUACAGAGUAUUCAAAGGGAAAGUAAUGACUGGUUUCACAACCUUUGAUAACGGGAAAACUUGGUACAACAAUGAAUGUUCAUAUCAUGCAUGUAGAAGAUAUACGAGAAAACACUGAUGUAUCAAGCUGAUGUAUAAAGAGAAAGUAAUGCAAUGUUCAAAGUCAACUUAUGUGUUGAUUUACAACACUGACUCCAUCAAUAAAAGA